UAAAACCUGCUGGGUGCGGUUUCUAGGUGUGGUUACUGAUUGCUUUAUAAUUAUUCAGCACAGUUGUGACUGUGCCUUUGUGAGGAAACAUUCUUUUGUAAAUAAAGGGUCUGAUUUACUAACACUUGCUUCAAGGAAAAUGGAUGAGUUUUCGUUGGCUGAUGCUAUGGGACCUAAUCCAAGCGCAGGACAAAAUGUAGGCAACACACAGCCAGGCCAGCCUGCAGCAGGACAACAAAAUCCAUGGGGGCCACAGCCAGGCCAGUUUCCAGGAGGACAACCAUACCCUGGAGCUUACCCAGGCUGGCCAGCACAACCUGGCCAGCAAGGACCACCUGGAGCCUACCCAGGUUGGCCUGCACAACCCUUUCAAGGUUGGGCUCAAACUACUAUGUACUGAUCAGAUGGUUAAAGUGGCUGUGAAUGGACAACACGUACUAGACUUCAAGCAUCGUGUACAACCACUCCAUGAAAUAAAGUCCGUGGGUAUUCAUGGGGAUGUCAAGUUGUCUUCAGUUAAACGUGAUAUGAUGAAAGUGUAAAAGAGCUCAACAACUAGAGUAAAAUGCUCUUCUGAGCUGCAGUACAGUUCACUGUUGUAGCAGUUUGUAAAGAAUAUAGUUCUCUAAGAAGUAACUGGAUGGUGCGAUACAUAUUUUGAACAAUUCCAUGGGAUAUAUUCAUAGAUGCAAUGUCUGCAUUCAGAUUCAUUCUGAAAUGUAUCUAUACCAUGAAAAUUAAAAAUAGUGUCUGGGUCAGACUGUCUAGUCAUAAGCUGUUGAAAAUGACAGUUAUAUUUGUAUACAACUUGCUUUGCUGUGUCAAAAAAUUAAUCUUCCAUGCUGAUAACCAAAAGAAAUUAUAUUUUUUUAUUGUGAACUUGCACACGUGUCUUUUAAUGAUGACAUCAAGUAAAGUUGCAACUAUCAUUGCUAUGUUUAUCCUGAUGCUAGCUUUAUUACUGCUGUCUGCAAUGAGUACUUUUACAGUGUUUGGAACAAAGUGUAAUUCUGUCCAUAUGGUGAAAUGACUAAUAAAAUAUAACAUGAA